AUGAACACGACUAAUGAAAUAAUGAAAGAAAACAACAACACUGAAGUGAACUCGGUAAAGUCUCCCAGAACUCCAACAUCUGCUGUCAAACCCCGGAUUCCGUUCAGUGGGGCUGUUAAAUUAUCGAGUUUAAACACGCCAAAGACGACUCCAGGUGUCAAACAUUCCAUUGGAGCGACAAAAACUUCGACACAAUCGACAAAAUCAUCUUCAUCUAAUAAAGUUUCGCCAAUAGCACCACAGUUGACUCCAAAUAUUUCAAAUCCCCUUGUUCUACCAGCUGCACCCAGAGUAUCCCCUGUUAAAUCAUUAGCAAAUAAAUCUUCUUCAAAAAAAACCAUCACCACUAAAUCCCCUAGUAAAACACAUCGUUCUACUAAAAGUAUGCCUCCUCGGAUAAACACAUCAAAUGUUUCAAAUAAUAAUCCAUCACCUCUUUCCAUUCGAAAACGACGAUCUUCUCAACCUGAACUGACACAGAAUCCUACUUCUUUAUUCAAAUCCCCUAUCGAUCUUUCCCACGUGAAAUCACGUGUAGGUUCUCUGGACAAUAUUUCCUAUACUCCAAAAAGCGCCAGCAACAGUGAGAAGAAGAAAGUCUUUUCGGAAAAAUUGGAUUACUCUAAAGUUAGAUCACGUGUCGGUUCCUUUGAUAAUAUCAAGUAUAUGCCAAAACGUGGUGAUACAAGCGGAGAUGUGAAAAUUGUCUCAAAGAAACCUGAAUUCACGUCGGUGCAAUCGAAAGUCGGUUCCCGAGAAAAUAUUAGUUACGUUCCGAAAAAGGGUAAUACUCAAGUCUUUACGUCGAAACUAGAUCUCAAGAAUGUGAAAUCGCGAGUUGGUUCCCUUGAUAAUAUUAAACAUGUUCCGGGUGGUGGCGACGUGGUGAUUUACAAUGAGAAGCUGAAAUUCCGCAAAAAAGCAGCGCCAAAAGUCGAUGCUGGAACUUCUCAAAAUAACGUCGAUAAUAUACCUUUCUUGGAAGAUGAUCGGUUAAACAGUGCUCUAAGUCCUAGCCCAAUUUCAUCUCUCUCUUUGGAUGAUGCCCCCGAAUAUAAUAGCCCAACCGAGGAAUUAAUGACUCCAACGCCAUUCCGAGUUGCUUUAUCUCCCAUCGCUGAAAUAUUGCAAUCUUCACAAGAAGAGGAUGAGAUGGAAUAUCAACAAUCAAUUGCUCAAUUGAUCUCACCUUCAGUUGCACCUCAAACCUCUCCGGAUAUCGCAAAUAAAACUGCUAUAAUAAAAGGAAAGCCAGCACCAAUAAGCGAAGAGAAAUCAGAUAAACCGGUAGAAUCUAUUACAACGGUCGAAGAAGAACCACCAUCACCAUCACCAAUAACAAACAGAGAAACCCCUCAAUCGAUUAAAGCAAAGAUUGCAGCUUUGGAAGCAAAGAAUGCAGAAGUUGCGGCACGAAAAUUGGCAGCUAAAGAGAAAUUAAAAGCUGCAUCCUUAGCAAUAAAAGUAAAAGUAGUUGAUGAUGACGAAGAAAAAUUAAAAGCUGCAUCUUUCGCAACGAAAGUAGAAAAAGUCGACGAUGACAAAGACGAAGAAAGAUUUCGUGAUUUUAUACAAAAAUUUCAACAAGAAUUUGGUAUCAAUCAAGCAGAAGAACUGGACGAAGGUCAAUAUGAUGAACUUGACACUACUCAAUUUGAAGUGGAAGUUGAGGAUGAAGAAGAUGACGAUUCUGAGUGUCCUCAAGAUGACGCGGAUAUUAUUUACGCAGUAAAUAAUGAAGAUGAUUCUGAUCUUAGUUUUGAGGUUAAUGUUUUACGUAAAUCGCGUUUAUUGUCUGAUUCUAGUAUUCGGGAAGUGGAGUCUCUUUAUAUUCCCGAAAUACCUCCGUUAGCAAUUCAAAUUCCACCUGAAAGCAAUAGCAAUCCUGUUGUACCCGAAUUGACAAUAGCACAGAAACGUGCAUACGACUCUUCGUGGAUCUAA